AUGGGCCUCUACGAUUAUGUGCCCUCCUUUGCAGGAGCCGUGACUUUUGCUGUACUCUUUUCCUUGACGACAGUAGUACAUGCAGCGCAAUUGUGGAGAUCACGAGCAGGGUUUUUAAUUCCAUUCCUCGUAGGCGGAUUGUUUGAGGUGUUUGGGUACAUUACGCGCGCAUUCUCGGCCCACCAAGCUCCUAAUUAUGCGUCAGCGCCCGCAAUCGCGCAGACUCUCUUGAUCCUAGUUGCACCCUCGCUGUUUGCAGCCAGUAUAUACAUGGUAUUUGGGAGGAUAAUCGUGUGGUCUGAAGGCGAACUUUUGCCAUUGUUCGGCCCAGCUGGGUUACCAAAGUGUUUCUCAUCGGUGAUAUUGUCUCUUUUUUGCUCAAGGGGCUGCUUUACAAGUGGUGAGAGAUUGAUCAAAAUCGGCUUGGUCAUGCAGGUCAUAUUCUUUGGUCUUUUCCUUUUCUGCGCCGCUUUCUUUCAUUUCAGAAUUCGAAGACAUAUUGCGACCCAUAAACCCUCGUACGCGACGCCGUGGCAAUCGCAUCUCCUGGUGCUAUACAUAGCAAGCGUCAUGGUUUUUGUUCGAUCAAGCUUUCGCCUGGCCGAAUAUGUAGGGGGCCAGGGAGAUGUUCUGCUGCAACAUGAGUAUUAUAUAUGGAUUUUUGACACCACGCUGAUGUCCCUCACCAUGUUGCUUUUUAAUGUGUUCUAUCCAUUGACUUAUAUCUGCUGGUCUUGA